CGCGCCAUUCUCUGACGAUUCCGAACGUGCAUCCAAUAAAAAAAAAAGUAAAUAAACAUUUGACAACUACGCGCGGGAAAACGGUUGUCAAAAAAAUUUUUUUUUUUUGUUAGUUUUGUAAACGACCUACGUUAUAGUGCAUUUGUGAUUGUGUUUUAAAGAGUUCUCAUAUGUAGGUGGCGAACAAUCUGUCAUCCGUAAUGAAAAUGCUCUGACAAUAUUUUUUUUAAAUUUUAACAUCAAAUUUAUAAAGUGAAAUGGAUAAAUUUGUGCAAAGAGUGAAAGCGUGGAGCGGCGUCUCGAAGACGCCAGCGGCACCUGAGCUCAGCAGAAGUCAAUACUCCUUGGUCUCAACGGGAGAUUUGACACCAGAGGCUCUUCAAGUGUGGCUGAAGUUGCCGAAGAAGAUAAAGUAUGACCCUGAACUAGAGCCUUUCCAGAAGCGAUACGAAAAGGAAAUCGCCGGGAAGCAAGAAGAGAUAGCACUUAGAAUUAAAAAUGGGUCAGUCCCGGAAACGAAACGCCUACCUCUAGUAAAAUCAGCGCCACAUCUUAAUAAUAAUAAAGUAGAAGAAACUCCCAGCGCUGUUCUAGAUGGAGUGGAAAUUGAAAGUGCUGUCAAAGAUAACAAUGGGGUCGAUGCAAACUCACAUAAGCGGAAGAGUAAGUUUGCGUCAGCUCGUCACUACAUCAAAAUGUCCCUUUUAUUGGGAUGUUGGCUCUUCUUUACAAUAGUUUUCAUGAUGUACAACGAAAAGGAAGACGUCCAUAGGAAUUCAUACGUAAAUCCAGGAGAAAUUAAGAGUUACGUAUUAAAUAUUUCUGACCCGUCUCUGACACUUCGCGUAAAACUAUCGGGACCUUUCCUUAGCGAGCAAGCGGAAGGCAAAAUGAACUCCUCAGAAAUGACAGGUUACCAGAAAAUGGAUGUGUGGCUGGAGAGAUGGAGGGUAGAAAAUGUAGGCAAGAUAAUAUCAGAAAGAGAUGUCCUUGACAAAGAGGUUUCAAAAAUCUGGACGAUUCUCAUUCAUGAAGAUGACUUGGAUUUUACGACGGGGGAGUCUCGAUCUAGCAUUAUUAAUUUAGAAUCAAAUUCUACCAAUUGGAACUCUGUGUUUGCUCUUAGAAUGCGAACAACAGCCAAUCAGAGUGCUCCGAUCAGUUUGAACUAUGUCAUAAAUCCGUUGGAUCGUAAUACAGGAGUUAUAUAUUCCUGUAUCCUGCUCUGUGGAUUGUAUAUAUUGAUUAUAUUUGAGGUCAUCAAUCGAACGAUGGCAGCGGUUCUUAUCUCCACAACAUCAUUAGCAAUUCUUUCAAUAGUAGGAGAGAGACCUUCCCUCCCUGAAGUGAUCUCAUGGCUGGAUGUGGAGACGCUCUUGCUGCUUUUCAGUAUGAUGAUCCUCGUAGCCAUAAUGGCUGAGACUGGCAUGUUUGAUUUCUUAGCAGUAUUUACUUUCGAGGUGACUAAAGGAAAACUGUGGCCAUUGAUAACAUUACUAUGUGUGAUAACAGCGGUUCUGUCUACCUUCCUGGACAACGUCACCACCGUCCUUCUAAUGACCCCAGUGACAAUUCGGCUCUGUGAAGUUAUGGACAUGGAUCCAGUGCCCAUCCUCAUGUCUAUGGUGUUGUUUAGUAAUAUAGGUGGUACAGCAACACCGGUGGGAGAUCCACCCAAUGUUAUCAUAGCAUCUAAUAAAGCUGUCGUCCAAUCGGGUGUAAACUUUACGAAUUUCACAAUGCAUAUGACGAUUGGCAUCUUGCUUGUAUGCGUACAGACAUACUUCCAGCUACGUUAUAUAUAUAGGGACACCAACAAGCUAAGGUUGAAUGUACCAAGAGAUAUACAAGAUAUACGUCAUCAAAUAUCAAUAUGGCGUAGAGCGAUAGAAUCUCUGCCGCACUUGAGCAAAGAUCAACAUGUGGUCCGUGAAAGGCUGGAAAGAAAAGUGACGAAAUUAAACUUACAAUUGGACACCAUGGUUAAGGAGAGCUACAAAAGAGUAUGCCCAAAAGAGACUUUUCAGACUACGCUUAGCCAAUUGAAAGACAAGUACGUAGUGAGGGACAAAAUGCUGUUGAUAAAAUCGACUAUAGCCAUUACCUUUGUAGUCGUUGUGUUUUUCUUACACUCCAUGCCGGAAUUGAAUCGAGUAUCUUUAGGAUGGACAGCCCUUUUGGGAGCAAUACUAUUGCUGACUUUGGCUGACAGGGAAGAUCUCGAGCCGAUAUUACACAGAGUUGAAUGGUCUACUCUGUUAUUUUUUGCCGCUUUAUUCGUGCUUAUGGAGGCAUUAUCAAAGCUUGGUCUCAUCGAGUUUAUUGGUGGUAUCACUGAAUCUUUAAUACUCAAAGUAGACGAGAAUGGUAGAUUAGCGGUGGCCAUUUUACUCCUAUUGUGGGUGUCAGGUGUAACAUCAGCGUUUGUCGACAACAUCCCUCUCACCACGAUGAUGGUGCGUGUCGUCAUUGCUUUAGGAUCGAACCCCAAUCUGAAUUUACCGAUAACCCCAUUGAUAUGGUCCCUGUCGUUUGGAGCUUGUUUGGGAGGUAACGGUACGUUGAUUGGUGCUAGCGCCAACGUGGUGUGCGCCGGCGUCGCUGAACAGCACGGCUACCGGUUCACCUUCAUGCAGUUCUUCAAAAUUGGUUUCCCGGUCAUGAUAGGACAUCUCAUAGUCGCAUCCGGAUAUCUACUCGUCUGUCACUGCGUGUUUACCUGGCAUUAGGGCUUUUUAUUCUGUUUGAUAUUAUCUAAUGUGUAUUUUGCACGUAUGAAGGCUAUAAAUCGCAAUAAUCAAUCAAAUUAUAUAUAUGAAACCACCAAUUUAUUAGUCGAUGAUAAAAUAUGAUAGUCCCUAAUAUUGUUUAUAGAUUGAGUACCAAAAAAAUACAUAAAUUUAUAUAUACAUAUAUAAAUUUAAAUCUCAAACUAAGAGAUUAUAUAUGAAAGGGUAAUUUCGUAGAACCGGAUAUGGAAGAGCAGUUGUUCUUAUUAUUAAAUUAACCCAAGUACCUUAAAAUAUUAUAUGUGAUUUAAAAAUUAUGUCGUACUUAAAUAUCAAUUUCGUUUAAAUUAUUUUUAAUAGUAUUUAAUUAAGUGACCGCAAAGACAAUGAUGAAGACAGGGCAUCGAAGCGGUCGAAACUUCGCCCUUUAUUUAUUUCCUUUUAUAAUUAUUCUAAUGUAUUAAUUUUACAAAAUUUUGUAGAUAUCAUUUUUGUUUUUGUUAGAAAUUAUAACUAAAUAAUUGAUAUAAAACAAACAAUUAUUUUUUUUUUGUAAAAACGUUAGGUUUGUGUUUGUAUUUAAAAUUUAGUUAUAACUAGAAUGUUUUAGAAUCAGUAUUAGACAAUAUGUUAUGAUUACAAAAUAAGAUUUUUUAGAUAUUUACACUCAGGUUUCUUAGUGUCAAAAUGAGGAAACGUUGUUGGUAAUUACGCCAAGACAUAGAUAAUUCAUAGGAAUUUGAGUAUAAAUAUAAUUUGCUAACAAAUUUAUGAAACAAAAUAACUUUAGCGAAAAUUGUAAGAGAAAAAAAUCCAGUAUUGUUUUUCUAAAUUUUGUACAAGGAACGUUUUAUUUAAAUCAUUAUUUUUAUAUCAAUAUACAUCUUCAUUUAACUUUAAGUAUACUAAAACAAUGAAAUAUAUAAAUUUACAAAGAAA